AGUGAUUAAAAAUGGCGGACGAGAAGGCAGCAAGUGGCGAGAUGACAGAAGACGAGAAGAAAGCAGAUGAGUUCAAGUUAACGGCUAAUGAAUUCUUUAAAGGUAUGGUUUUAUAAUCAACGAAUAUUUCAAUGAUAUUUAACUUGUUUGAAUAUCGAAAAAAUAAAUUAAAUGGUGUCGAAGGAAUCAAUGACAAGAUAGAAGAUUCGAGAAUAUUCCGUAUUGGGGCGACCAGCCGGCAUUUUUACAAAAAAUAGAAGGCCUUUCAGUUUUCAUUUAAACAGUUUUAUUUGGUGACCAAAGUUUGAACUGAAGAUUUUCAUUAAUAAGAGUGCACCACAAUCUCUGGUCCAGAUAUGCGCCCGUCUAGCUGCAGAGUAUGACAGAACUCGACCAUUAACGUCUUUUUAAUACUAAAAUGUAUACCUGCCAACUCUCACGCCUUAGGCGUGAGUCUCACGCCUGCGGGUUGAAAACUUCGAUCUCACGCCUGCUCACGCCUGCGGACCAAUUUCUCACGCCUGAUUGAAAAAUGUGAGUUGUUGCCGUCUUGCUUGACACAAUUUCCAAAAAUAUGUUAACUCAGACCCAUGUAAGGAACGAAAACCAUGUGUAAAAUGAAUAAAUGACAAUACCUUCCUCGCGAUCUCUGAUUUUGUGGAUAAGCGUUUUCUCGAUAACUUCGCCUUCGGCAGACUUCGGACGUCUUCGGAAGACUUCGGACUUCUUCGGGAAUCUUCGGAAAUGAUCGUGUCGUUUUCAAAAAUCCCAGCACUCCCAGGAUGAAAAUCUCACGCCUACAUCUCAGAAAAAGUUGGCAGGUAUAAAAAUGUGUUCAAGGAUUUUUUGAAGUUUCAUUUUCGAAUUGAAGAAAAUAAUAUUCUUCAAAUGAUUUUUUGGAUCAUGAUUUUGUUGCUUGUUACAUUUAGAGGGAAAAUAUGAUGACGCUCUUAGUCUUUACACUAAGGCCAUAGAACUGAAUCCCACUGUACCCGCAUAUUAUGGAAACCGAAGCUUUUGCUACAUUAAGACUGAAUACUAUGGUUGUGCUCUUGAAGAUGCAAACAAGGCUCUUGAACUGGAUAAGAAAUAUGUUAAGGUAUGUUAAUCAAUGUUAAUACAUGUUAAAUGUGUGUUUUAAUGCUUGAUAAUUUAUGCUAAUGUAUACACACUAGUUUUUAUGAUAUUCCAUUUGCAAUUAAUCACAAAAUCACAAAAUGAAAUAAAUUGCAUGCACAAGAGAACUAAAAUUAAACAAAUGGUAACAAGGUCAAUGCCGUGAAAAACUGUAAGUUCAAAAUGGAGGGCCAAGGCCAAAGGUGCGGGAGAGGUCUGCUCUAGCCUGAGAAAACAGCUGAUAUUUGGCGACACUAGCACUGGUUUCCCCAUCGAAUGGCGUCUGAUAAACAAGCGCAGAAAUUCCAUACUGAUGACGUGUCACUACCCAGAUCUGGGUAGUGCUUUUGAUUGGUCGUGCCGCAUGAGAAAUUUGAUUCAACUAAUCAUGAUUUUCUAUCAAUUAUGCCAGGCAUAUUACAGACGCGCAUCAGCAUACAUGGCUCUUGGGAAAUUUAAACUCAGCCUCAAGGACUAUGAAAUCGUAGGUACAUCUCCUGUGACAGGAGAGAUAUUUUUCUCUAUGUUUAGAGAUAUCCCUUUCUCCAGAAAAUUUACUAUCCGUGUAACAUCGUAGCAGUGAGAGGUGUUUUAAAGGUUUCUUUAUCAGGAACAUAUUAAGUCAAUAAAUAUUAUGAAAGUGAACAUGAUCUUUGCAGUAGAAAUGAUCAACCUUAACUUGUAAGCAGUUAAAAAAGAACCUGAAAAAAAUCAGGCUUGCUUGGGAAUUGAACCUGACCUUUGCAAUGACCGAACACAAUGCUCUAUCCAUUGAUCUGAGCCAAUCAAGCCAACAAGAGAGACAGCCAUUAAAAGUUUGCGAAAUAGCCGAUGGUAGAAAUGACAUGACAUGAAUUUUAGUUCUUAACUCUUUGGGGCCUCACAGUAUCAGCAUGAACUUUUUCCUUGAAAUAAUACCUUCGUUAUUUGUACUUAAUUUCGCAAAUCUUUAAUUUCGUGUUUUUCAUGAUUGUAAAAAAAUCACGAAAUUAAAGACCUGCAAAAAUAAAUCCUCGCAAAAUUAUUAAAGCACGCGAAAUUUAAUACCCAUAUAGGAAAUUCAAAUAACAAUUAAUAUGUAAUAGCAACGAUAUGUAUUGGUAACACAAAAAUUGCUAACUAAUUUUACUGGCAUGUUCCAUUUUGUAUCUUCCAUUGUGAAAUAACGUUAGUUUGCAAAGAUUUCUCACAUUGAUUGUUCCAGUUUAUCCAAAAAUUUUUCACGGUGUAGACUUUUUUAAAAAAGAAGUUGACAACACUUGAACUGCAAAAUUUAAUGCCCUUUUUUCUAUCGUGAAAAUAAAACUGGGCAAAAUACUGUCUCGUUAAAAUCGAGAAAUAAAGUACCCACAAAAUUAGGUACCAAUAACAUAUCAAUUCUUUUUAAAACAGGUUGGUCAUGAGAAUUAAUGACAUGGUCAAAAAAGAUGCAUUCAAUUGGUAACCAAAUUCUCAGCAUUACUUUUAAAGGAAAUUAUUAGGAACGACAAUAAGAAUUAAAGUUUUGAAAAUUGUCAUUAUUGGUAACACAAAAAUUGCUAACUGGUUUUACUGGUAUGCUCCAUUUUGUAUCUUCCAUUGUGAAAUAACUUAAGAGAACACUUUUUAACUAGUACGUAAUGAACAUAAAAUUGUUGCGAUUGCAUAUCUAAUUUGAUAAUUAGAUAAUUUUAAUAACUCCAUUAUUAAUAGAUAUAUUUUAGUGAUAUCUUUUACAUUUCUUCUUACAUUAUAAUAGUCUUUAUCUGACUUAUAUUUCCUUAAUAGCUUUGUAGAUAUUUUUAGGGGGUCAUCUUACAUAAAGAUUCAGUUCCUCCCUGAUGGCAGCCUUUUUGUAUUGAUUAUUACAAAUAAAGUUGUUAUAAAUAAAUAAAUAAAUAAAUUAUGAUUUAUGAUGUUAUCCAUUAAUCUUCAGGUGAGAAAAUAUAGACCAAAAGACAAAGAUGCCGAGUGCAAAUACACAGAAUGCAAGAAGAUCGUUCAUCAAGAGGCAUUUCGCAAAGCCAUAGCUGUAGAGGACAAGAAAGCAGUGGCUGACUCUGUUGAUCUCAAUUCAAUGGGUAUGUUGAUUUCUCUCCUUUGCAUUAAAUCAAAGCAUCUGUCUUAGUCUUGUUUUCUUUAUUAUGCUUUAUGUACAGUGAGUUUUAAAAGUGUUCUACGACACAGGCAAUAUUUAAUGUAUGUUUGAUCACACUUUAUUCAAGUGAUCACCCAAUUACAAAACCAAUGAGUUAUUUCAGAAUGUCAAUCACAUGCCUGUCGCAUACAAUACUUUCAUUGUACAGUCGACUCUCUCUUAACGGACACCUAUAUAAGACAGACACAUCUGUAAAACGGACACUUAGAGUUGGUCCCUGCCUUUCUCUACUCCCUUUAUUUGACUCUCUAUAAGACAGACACCUCUCUAAGACGGACACUUAGUGCCGGUCCCAAAGGUGUCCGUCUUAGACAGAGUUGACUGUAUUAAUAGAAACUUUUUUAUCACACAACGCAGUGUAUGACAUUGUUUGGGGAGUUUGAUACUUGGCACAUAGUUUUCCUGUUGUGUCCAUCACUUAACUCCCGAGAUUGAUGUGCUCUCUGAUGACUGUAUAAUGCUCAAGAAAAGUCAUACAGACAGAUGCGGAGCAUACAAGUUUGGUCUUAAACACUACUACUACACAAGCCUUUGAUAAGCAUUUCAAGUUGUUAUUAGUCAGUAGUUUAUUACGCAAUCGACGGCACAUAAACACUACUAAAAUUACAAAAACUUAGACCCUGUUAAAAGUAAGAGGCGGUGUAGGAAUGAAACAGUUAAUGUUAUUUUGACUAUUAAAAAGUUUUCAGGUUGUUUUUGAAGGUGUCCUUAGCUGCUGGAAGAAUGUGAGAAAGGUUGUAAAUAAUGAGCCAUCAUGAAUGGAGAGUAAAUUUUUUUGACUUUUUCAAAUUCAGUAAAAAUAAGCAAUUUUCAUGUUUUUGACCAAUCAGGGUGUUGAUGCAAUAAUUUAUUAGUAAUAUUCAUGUCAGUUUUGUUAUGUGAAAAUUAAUGGUUAUGUAAAUUAUAACAAAAUUAUCAUGUUAUAAUUUUGACUUUGCAAGUUGUGGAAGAUGACUAUGAUGGCCCACGAUUGAGUGAAGACGGAAUAACAAAAGAAUUUGUGGAAGAAUUAAUUGAGAGAUUUAAAGAACAAAAAAAGAUACACAAGAAAUAUGCAUACAAGGUAAACUGUUUUAAUUAAUUUUCCAUUGCAUUCUUAUCUACUUUACUCUGUAUCAGCAGGGCUGUCAUUUAGGGCUUGACACAGGGGAUUUCCUCCGGCUGUUUUGAGACUGACCCCCGGCUGCUUUCUUGGGAAACAAAUGGAAAAUAAAACCAAGAGAACUUACUAGCAGUUUGUAAUUCUCUUUCCUAAAAAAUAAUGCAUCUAUAUGGCAACUUGAAAUUUCUCUGCACCAGGCAAGUCUAAGAAUAACAAACUUUGUAAGAUCGUGCUUUAAAUUCAACGUAAAAAAAAUAUGUAACACAAGAAUACAUAUAUUAUUUUUUUUGACAGUACAAGUCCAAGAAUAGCAGUGCUGUAAAAAACAAUGAUACCAACAUCAUUUUUUAUGACAGUACAGGCCCUUAAAGCGACAAAUACCCUUUUGAAAUUAUAACAACUGGUGUUUUUCCAACAUCUUUCCUCCUGUUGUCUUUUCAGAUUUUAAUUGAAGUAAAAAAGACAUUUGAGAAACAGCCAUCAAUGGUUGAAAUCACAGUACCUGAGGUAAGCUGUGUUUUUGUGGUCAAGGCCAUCCAAAACCUGGAUGUGAUCAACACCUGUUAGCAUAUAAGUGAGUCAUGGGAGUUGAUUCAAUCCAGUUUUUGUUGAUACCUCAUUCUUUGCACCUCUUAUCUGGAUGGACCUAGCCUACGCCACAGACAGAAAUUAACUUCUGGUUAAGUCUGUCUACGAAACAGCACCAAAAUCCUUGUACUGGACACCCAGCUUGUGUAAAAGGAUUUGAGUACAUGCCAUGAUUGACCUCUUAAUAAUGCCAUAAUCUAUUUGCCAAUAGGGUUGAAGGGAAAUUCGCAUUUGUGGUAAUUCUUUGAGUCCAUUGGGGGCUCAGAACAUGGAUAUCGGCGCUACUUUGCAGACUUUACUAACUAGGGUUGAAUUACGUCUGCAACACAGGCUAGAUAAGCAUGGAAGUUAAAUGUUAGUACCUUUUCUUUUUCUGCUUGAAUUCAGCUAACAAGGCUGCAGACAAGGUGUGCAUGAGCCAAUCUCUUCCUUCCAGUUUUUAAUCUCAUUUUUUCUUUCCAGAAUGGUAACUUUACUGUGUGUGGUGACAUACAUGGGCAGUUCUACGACUUGUUAAACAUUUUCAGUCUAAAUGGACAUCCUUCUCCUGAAAAUCCAUAUGUAUCCUUUGAAGAAUCGUAACUGGAAAAUAUUGUUAUGGAUUGCAUUACCUUCUACUAUUUUAUUAGUUACAUACAGCUCCAAACAUUGUUUGCCUGGCUAGGUAUCUCCAAGCAGCCAUGUAAAGUUUUCUUUAUUACAUACACACCAAUGAAAUACCAAACCAUCUCACUCUAAUAGUUUUUUGCUGUGAAAGGUGCGAUUUAUUAUGUAGCCAUAGCAACAAUGAUAUUUCAUGUGAAGAUAACAUGUUAUUUUCAUAUGUGAAGAUAUCAUGUUUUCGCAUGAAAGCCCACCUGGUAUUUCUCUUUGGCAUGCAUUUUGACAGUUGUUACUGUAGGUACUUUGUAAUAUUACUCAUGUUCCUUAACAGCAUUUCAGUUAUUUAAUGGUGAUUUUGUAGACAGAGGGUCAUUUUCAUGUGAAGUCAUUUUUACACUUUUUAGUUAUAAGCUUUUGUAUCCUGAUCACUUUUUCAUGUCACGAGGUGAGUGAAUUGUGGUUUCAAUGUAAAUGAAUAAAAGUUAAGACAAGCUCUCCUUCCUUUUCCCACCCCGCCGCCAGAGCACCCUUGCAGGCUGUUUUUCUCCAGGAAGUCUGGUUUUCCUCUCUCCUGAAUUUGAUUUGGAAGGGCAGGCAAAGAACCACUUUGUUGAUGUUCAUUUACUAUUUUCAUAUAACUGUGAAAGGUUUGAACCCAGGAGUCAUUUCAAAAGUAGGUUGAGUUUGAUCGUCCGGGUGAACGUAGUCCUGAAUAGGACUGUUGUUGUUGACACAGACAGUGACUGACGUUUCGACAACCUGUGCGGUAGUCAUCUUCAGAGUCAAAGUGAGUUGUAUCAUGUCAGUUGAUGGUAUUAUACUCUGGUUAUUGAUCUGAUUUUAUUAUUUUACUAUUAACAGGGAAUCAUGAGAGUAUUUACAUGAAUCAAAUGUAUGGCUUUGAAGGGGAAGUGAAGUCCAAAUAUCCUUUUUAUAACAUUUUCUACAUUUUUUACAUGUGAUUUGAUUCUUUUUAGUCCAUUGUUAUUUUCCUGAUUUUUGAUUCUAUGCAAUUUAGGUCCAACAAACAAGUUCAAAACCACUUAACAUAGCAUUGUUGAACGUAUUUUAGUAUUCAAACGGGAUGUAUUUUUAUUAAAACUUUUCCUGUUCGAUCCUGAAAGUCUAGUGAACCGAUUGGUCAACCAUUUUGUCUGGAUGGUCUUCCGAACAGAUAUUUUCCCGAAAAUUGCCGUUAUAGUAGUCGCACUGCAUUUUUUGGUAGUUUAUAGACCUUUCCCACAUUCCUGUAAACAAAGGCACCAACUCGUGGCUUGUUUGGACAAAAUACAGUGAUUUGUAUGAAAUCGUCCACCUCAACCUCGUCCUCACUGGAGCGAAAUGCGGGAAAGGUCUAUUAAGCUAGAGAUAGAACAUUUUAUUGGAUUACUUGCAUAAUAAGCAUACUUCAUUUGAAUAAGUCUAAGUGGCCCUGCUUACAAUAGUUGCAUUGUAAUUUAUUGUUCACUGUCUGACAACCUUUUUUCUGACCAAAGAGAAAUAAAAGCUUUAGUUUAUGUCAGUUCUUAACUUUGCGUCACAUAUACAGCAGAUAUGUCAGAUCUUUUUACUGAGGUUUACAACUGGUUACCUCUUUGUCAUCUUAUAAAUCAAAAAGCUCUGGUAUGUACUGUUUUUUAUAUCCCAGUGACUAUAUAUUGUGAAGCUCACAAGUAAGGCAAAAACAUGCAAGUACAGCCCAACUGAAGGUACAAUAACGCGGGCAACAACAACAACGUGUAACUAGUUUUGCAACAUCGCUGCAAAACAAGCUGAAUAGCAAUGUUGCGCCUUUUACCACCCAUGUUUGAACCUUCUGUGCAACAAAUCAUGUUGUUGCAGAUUGUGAAACUUUGUUGUAGAAAGCAGAGAGUAGUUAACCCUUUCACUGUCAAAUGUGGUCAAAGGCAAGUUUCGACCAAAUUUCAAAAUUUCAUUUUCCAAAAUUGUGUGAAACAAAUAGCAUCAUGUGAAAGUACAGGCAGAGAGCUUUCAUUUGAAUGGUCACAUCAUAGGAUUUCGUCCACAGACUCAAAAGUUAGAAUCACCUUGUACAGCAUAAUAAACAGUACCACAGGAAAGUACUGCUCAGUAGCUUUCAUUUGAUUGGUCACAUCAUAGGAUUUCGUCCACAGACUCAAAAGUUAGAGUCACCUUACAAAACUCCAUCAAACACUCUGGAAGUGAAAUGGUUAAGUGACCUUACUCAGGUGUAUGGCGUCAGUUGUUAACGUUAAACGUUUUUACGUGGGAUAAAAUAGAGGUGGGUUGCUCUUUGCAGCUAAUCUCCCCGCAGCACCCCACACACCAAAAACAAACAAACAAAAACAUUGAUCACCCUCCCCCACAGUCGUUUGUGAGCUAUAAAUUUAUAGAAAUGUUUCCUCUUUACUGUAGGUUAUGCACGGCGGGUUGUUUAAAAGGGAUGAUGUUAAGCUGGACGAGUUAAGAACAAUUGACAGAAAUAGACAGCCUGGAGAGGAAGGUAUAUCCACAUUAAAAAAUACAUUCAAUAUUUUUUAGUCAUUUGUUGGGGUUGUUUGCUCAAGUUGUUUGGGAACGUGAAUCCCACCGUUUACAAACAUAGGCUUAUACUUCAAAUUUAUUAAGCAAAGUUUCUAUGCUAAAAGUCCUUGCACUUUGUGGAACAAGAAUUGUAGAGUCAUUGUAGCCUAGACUCGGAUUUAAUACUUUUAAUAGUGGAGGUUGCCGUUAAAGCUCUUAUGUAGCGAAGCACAAGUGUAUCACCUUUUAGGAUCUAACUUCUGAAGUUGUCAUUCGUUUUUCACAUUUUUUGCAGGAUUGAUGUGUGAAUUAUUAUGGUCAGAUCCUCAGCCGCAGGUACAGUGUUUGUGCUCAUAUAUAGAUUUCGCGAUUUAGCCAGGGCUAAAAGUAAAGCUCUUGUUAGUAUUAAUAGUUUACUCAAACGAAAUAUAAAAUCGUGUAAUGCUAAAGGUUAUGUUACACGGGACGAUUCGCCACGACGAUUUUUAGCGCAACACAGCGUUGCAAUGUUAGAACAGUGUUGCAACCAUUUGAAACAAUGUCGCAACAAUGUUGCAACGCUGUGUUGGGCUAAAAAUAGUCGUUGCGAAUCGUCUCAUGUAACGUCAAGGUCUAAUUAGCAAAAAACAACUUUGCACGUGCAGCACACUUUUUUGUACAUUUAUUUGCCUCUGUUUUGCACGACUACAACGUGAAACUUUCAGAAAGAUCGUAAGCUUUGUCCAAAAGUUAAAAAUUUCCUCGUCGACACGUAUCCGUAUUCAAAUCGAAUUUGCCCUGCCACAUGUAUCCAACACGUAUCAAUCCGGAUUCACUCUAGUACCAGGACUCCUCUGGGAAUAUGGACAACAGGACAUGCGUCGAGGUUGCCAUCUUGAAUACAGUAUUCACUGUAAAGAACUGGGCUCGAUCUUGUAAAAAGGUUUUUUAGCAAACAGAGGACCAAUAACAUUCAAGGUUGAACUUGAACAAGGUUUGGACAAGGUUCAAACCGUUUGAAGUUACCUGACCUCUUAGGAAAGAGCCCUCAAAUUCGUGAAUGUUAUUGGUCCGUCUGCAAAAAAAAAUUGAGAAUCUGUUGUUUUCAAAAUACCGUUGUGAUUAGAUAAACUUCUUCCAAAGUGCCCCUAUUCGAGUAGUUGCACUGUAAAUGUUUUAGUCACUUCCUUAUUCGCCUGCUUGUAAUUUUUGCUUGUGCGUUGCUUUGCGCACUGCGUUAUUUUUCUAACGAAUCAGGAGGUAGAAAACAUUUUCCCGCGCUUAUCGCCGGCUACCACUCAUUUUCUCGCUCUAGUCACCGGCUACGCGUGUGUAUAUGGCCAUUUCCGAGUUGUCCCAAGUCUCCUUACGAGGGAAAGUGCAAAGUCUUUUAUGUAAAAGUCAUUUUUAGUUCUUAGUAAAAAUGAAACUCAUCUACCCCUUAAAACUGAGGGUUUUGUAAGCUCGGAAGUGGGGUAUUAUAGUAGAGGCCCUUUCCUCGACAAGCUUUUCUUCUGUCAAUGCGACUUAAUCGAUGCUUUUUUGGUAGGUUCUCUUUUGCUUCACGCGUUGUUCACGUGCAAAGAUGAUCAGCAUUUCCGCUUUUGUAGGUAACAUUGCACUUUGAACCUCUGGCGUCAGGCAUCUGAUUAUUGGCGGGAAAAAAAUUGUCACUUAGAUGUCAUGUGACCUUGAAUAAGCCAAUGAGCGUGCGUAUUGUGUCGGAAAAACCCCAGCUACCUUGAAAACAGCUUUAUCUGUUUUUCUUGUAGCCCGGUCGUUCGCCAAGCAAGCGUGGCGUCGGUGUACAAUUUGGCCCUGAUGUUACUGAAGAAUUUUGCAAAAAUAACAACCUCGGUGAGUUUUUUUUUCAUCUGUUCUUUUUCUGUAGUUGUGUUUUUAUCAUUUGCAGGCUACAUACAGCGCAGUAUCGGCAACAAACGCCUUCGAUAAAUCUUAUUUGGGUCACAGUUAUCGUUGAAAAUUCAGUACAACUUACGGAGGACUUCAGAGACUUUAUUGGUGACGGGGACGCUAAUAAAACGCGAGUUCUAGUUCUUUUUAAACAACCUGCUUUCUUUGAACUUUGUUUUAGCGAUGUAAUAAUGAGCAAGCUCACUUGAGUGAGUUCGUGGGAAAAUUUAACGGCGCGAGUCGGCAAUGCUGGCGGGCGCGAAGAAUGAUGCGAGGAAAAGUGACUUUUCACUUUUCCUCGCGCGUCAAAAUUUUUUCCGAACUCGCCCAAGUAAGCCUGCUGGCCGGCUAGUGAUGCAAUAAUUCUUAUUUGGAAUGGUCAUACUCAAGAAUUCACUCACACGCUCAAAGUUAGACCUACAUUUUCCUCUAAAUGCUUGAGGAAGUGUAACCUUAGAUGUUCAAGCAAAAGGCACUGCCACCACUGUAAUUGUAAUUGUAUUUUGAAUUAUUAUCUUUAUUUUCAGAUUAUAUUAUCAGGAGUCAUGAAGUUAAACCCGAGGGAUAUGAAGUGAUGCAUGAUGGGAAGUGUAUCACUGUCUUUUCGGCGCCGAAUUACUGGUCAGUUUUUGCCUCACGUCGAAGCAUAUUUUAGCUAGCCUGCGAAAACAUCCGUUUCUCCUCGCUCUUCCCCAGCGGCGAAGAGCGAGGAGAAACGCAUGUUUUCGCAGGCUACAUUUUAGCAAAAAUUAGCGUGUUAUCAAAGGGUGGGCCAGAGCUUGUAAAAGGAAAUAGAGAGCUUAAGCAACAGCGUUUUUGAGCGACCGACGUCAACCGGAAGUGGACUUUUUGCAUCAUUGGGCAGUGGAUUGGUUCAAACUCUUGGGCAAAUCGUUUUUAUAAGAGAAAAGAAACUUAGCAAUACAAAUUUGUUAGAGUCAAGGCAUAUAAAAGAGAAGAAGGCCUCACUUCCUGUUGACGUGCGUCGCUCAAAAACGUCUUUGCUUAAGCUCCCUAAUAAGACAGUAAGUCCGGAAUUCGAAAAGUCCACCGAACGCGGAAGUUGCAGUCGAUAUUUUAUCGAUGAGUCCGAUGUUUUGUGACGUCCGUUUUCCUCUUGGGCCCAGGAAAAGAGGUUUGCAAUGUUACAGCCGAUACCUCUUUCACAUAUAGAUCACAUAUUUAAAGGAGCUGAGCUUACAUUUACGCGGGAAAUAGGACUCUAGGGUUAAAUGUGUUCAAAAAUUUUAAAAACUUAUUUGUGGAUUCGCCAUGAAAUGGGUUUAGGUUAUCCUAUUCCAGGAGGUGAGAUCGUGGGGAGCGCUGCUAAAUGUAAAGAGAAACUCCAUCUGAACGUAGCCGUUUAUUUUCUUUCUUUUAUUUAAGUGCAGAACUAUUACGUUUCAGACGUUUUUCGCGCCUUGAAAUACUGAGCUAUGUCAGGUGGAGCUAUGCCAACUUGGAUAACCUGAGAUCAGGCUCAAUUUUCGUUUCGCUUUGUAAUAACAUUCCGGAGGGCAACAAUUUUAGCGGUAGCCGUUAGAGAGAAUGUAUGAGAACCGCUAAAAUUGGGCCUGAUCUCAGGUUAAACUUGGAUGGUAGUUAAUAUUCCCCUGUGCUUCAGUGAUCAUUUUCUUUAUUCUCAUCACCUGAAUGUGUAAUUACACAUGAAUAUUAUAAGGAGAAAUUAGACGCUUAUCAUUGUUAGAGCCUAUGAGCUAAGGUUUUUAGACGUAUCAACGAAUGUGGUAUUUAUUUUUCGUAGCGAUCAAAUGGGAAACAAGGGAGCGUUUAUUACCAUGGGACCAGAUGCCAAACCCAACUUCACAACCUACGAUGCUGUGGUAAGUACAUUCUCCUUUUUUAAAUCUCGGGGUUACUUCUUCAUUUAAAUGAAAAUAGUUCAAGAAACUGCGUUAGCCUUUGCGUCUCCUCUUCGGUAUUUUCUGUUUUACCAGACUACAAAUAUUUUGAGGUUUCCUUCAGUGGAAGUUGCAUAGUAAUUACUAAAACUAUCGCGAUAAAGCGCUUUUGAUUGUGUCAUGAAUCACUCUCCGCUUGGCAGACCAGCACUUUACUGUACUUACACGGGCCGGGAACAAUGUUGUGUGUUGCUUAGGCUCUCUAUAAUUUGCGUCCUUACCAAGUCUAGACUACGAGUAGUCCCCCAUUUUUCCUCAGGGAUAGUAGAGCGAAGGAAACGCGAGCGCGCGUGAAAAUCACCCCACGCGAGAAAAGGCGACACGCGGCGAAGCUUCACAAAAAAAAAGAAUUUUAAUAUAUUUUAUCUGCUACACAGCCUCAUCCGGAUGUGAAACCCAUGGCUUAUGCGAAUUCCUUUAUGUCAAUGUUUGGUUUCAUGUAAGACGCACUGCAAGGUCCACACUUUCGCCCAGUCACCGAGUCCUGUUCGGAUUGGUCCAAGUUGUUAUCAGGCUACCAUCGAAGACCACUGUUCUGAUAAAAAGCGUCCCGGUCAAUACACAGGCCUAAGCAUUUAUCAUGUGUGUCUCCGCAAUUUACUCUAUUUUUUGAUAAAGGACAGUUUUCUAUUCGAAAAACACUAUUCAGUCCACUCGAAUACAUUGCAUUCGGACAACUAGAAUGGUCAUUUUAUGACGAUAUUACAAUGGAUCAAGCCGUGGUUAUUAAGACUUCCAUUAGCUGCGAAUGUUCACUGGUGAACAAAGUUGGAACGGAAUUCGCGGUAUUCUUUUGAUCGCCGUUAUCGAUGCCCAAACCCACUCAGCCAGUUCUUCUUUACC